AUAACCGCAGAAGACUUUUCUCCAUCAACAGAAAGCCAUUAUCUCUGCCCAAGAGACUUGCUGGACUUCCUGACUCUGCUAGGCCAUAGUCAUGCAAGCCAUUAAGUGUGUGGUGGUGGGAGACGGAGCUGUAGGUAAAACCUGCCUCCUGAUCAGCUAUACCACAAAUGCCUUCCCAGGAGAAUAUAUCCCUACUGUAUUUGAUAAUUACUCUGCCAAUGUGAUGGUGGAUAGCAAACCUGUGAAUCUGGGACUCUGGGAUACAGCUGGCCAGGAGGACUAUGACCGCUUGAGGCCUCUCUCCUACCCACAGACGGAUGUCUUCCUCAUCUGCUUCUCCUUAGUCAGCCCUGCAUCUUAUGAAAAUGUCCGUGCCAAGUGGUUCCCUGAAGUGCGACACCAUUGUCCCAGCACUCCUAUGAUCCUUGUGGGCACAAAGCUGGAUCUCCGGGAUGACAAGGACACCAUUGAGAAGCUCAAGGAGAAGAAGCUAGCACCCAUUACCUACCCACAAGGCCUUGCACUGGCCAAGGAGAUUGAUGCCGUGAAGUACCUCGAAUGCUCAGCACUGACUCAGCGUGGCCUGAAAACGGUGUUCGAUGAGGCCAUCCGGGCAGUUCUAUGUCCACAACCCACAAAGACGAAGAAAAGGAGAUGCCUUAUCCUUUAAGGAUUCCAGAUUCUUGAUCCCAUGGAAUUUUGAUCCCAUGGAUUGCCCCUUUCUGGAUGGUUCAGAGACCAAUAACAUUGGAACCAGCUGAUUUUUCUCCUGUACCUUCCCAAGUGACUCCAAGGUUUUCUUGGAAUGCUUCUGUACUAGCUCUUCAAUCUACUCUUCCCAGAGCACCUACAUAGCAUUAUUGUUAACCUGUUGCAUUCCAUUGUUUUCUAAUUGCCUUCUAUUUUUUCCAGGCCUGACGUGUGGCUAUUUUUAUUAUUAAUGUUAUUAUAAAACAUAAUGCUGUUGUAGCACCAGCACGCCUGAUGUCGAAAGGGGAACAUUUUCAAGACUGUUGUGCCUUCUGCUUCUGCUUUGCAGGUUCAGCCUGUGGAUUGCCUCCCGCAUAUGUGGGUGAGGGGUUUGUAUUUGUUUCUGGUUUGCAUUGUUUUAAACUGAGUAUACUUGGGGUUGCCCCUCAAAUAGUUUCUCUGCUAGUAUGCUAAUUUCUCUACCAGUCUCUGUGUGUGCAGGGUGGGGGGAUUCUUAAUCACUGAUUUCCUCUCAUUAUCCUUUUCUUCUUUUAAUGGGAAACUAGUGCUGUACAAGUGCUACUUCUGCAUUAAUAAAGGCAAAGGAAAAACAA